GCCGCAGCAACGGCGUAGGGGCGUUAGCCAAUGGGAAAGGGCGACAUUGAGUCUCGGCCUGCCGGGACAGGAGCUGCCCCCAAUCACCGACCCCCGGGAUGGCCUCCAGCUUUAAGAAGCCCUCGCUAGGAGCCGCGGCCCAGAGGAAGAAGGCGAGUCCCAAGCUGGAGCUCACUGAGGAGCAGAAGCAGGAGAUCCAAGAGGCUUUCGACCUGUUUGACACAGACGGCACCGGGAGCAUAGAUGUUAAGGAGCUAAAGGUGGCUAUGAGAGCACUAGGGUUUGAACCUAAAAAAGAAGAGAUCAAGAAAAUGAUAUCAGAUAUCGAUAAGGAAGGAACAGGAAAAAUCAGCUUCGAUGACUUCUUGGUAGUGAUGACACAGAAAAUGGCUGAAAAAGAUUCCAAAGACGAGAUUCUCAAAGCUUUCAAACUCUUUGAUGAUGAUGAAACUGGCAAAAUCUCCUUCAAAAACCUCAAGCGUGUCGCCAAAGAACUGGGGGAAAAUCUCACAGAUGAAGAGCUGCAGGAAAUGAUCGAUGAAGCAGAUAGAGAUGGGGAUGGGGAAGUGAACGAGCAAGAAUUCUUGAGGAUCAUGAAGAAGACCAGCCUUUAUUGAAACAGAAUUUUAUUUAUUUUUGCACAUGUGUAUAUACAUUUGGUAGGUGCCUCACUUUUUUACAGUCUUUUAUUUUGAGACAGCAGAAAAUAUAGGUCAAUAUUAUUUUUAGGCAAAUGGUCUUAAACUUGUGUUUGUGAACGGUUACCAACCGCUAACCUGUUUACAUCUACCAAUGUGGUUGCUUGUGCUUGCACGUUUUACACUCUUUGUUUUCCAUACACACGUAACAUUGUUCAGUGACAGUAGUCAGAUCCUUCUCUGACUAAAAAACAUGUCAAAUGAUUAUGGUUUGGUAAAAAGAGAACUCAAAACCAGACAGUGGAAAUCGCUGUUUCCCAGCAGCUGAAGUUUUUGGUUUAAUGUCUUGGUUUGGGCCCUAUAAGUCCUAUUUGCAGGGAUCAGCUUUUUAUACUCUGUCUCACGGCGAUUAUCUCCUCCCCCUUUUUUAGUACGUUCUUUAAACUGAAAAAAAAGUAAGUAAGUAGACUGCUGCAACUUAACUUACUGCUAUUCAGUUCACACGUUUAAAGAAUUCUCUUCGCAAAAGAAGAGGAAAGUUACCGGUGCUGCUGCUGAAAGCUCUGUAUGUUAGCAGGGAUAUUCAGUGGCUGCAAGUACAAGAUUGUAUUUAAAAUAAACCAUCUUAUU